AUGAGGCGAACACUGGACGGUCUUCAAAACCCCGGUGUUCAAAGUGUUGCUGCCCUGUUGAAUAAACUGACCAUCAACAUACCAUCUUUUGGCAUACGUCUUGCACCUUUGAAGUGCAAAGUCAUGCUUCAGAACGUAUCGCCUGCAAAAAUAUCCCUUAAAGUCCAACGAGAUUCACUGGAGACUGUGGAAAACUUAACACCUCUCGGUAGUUAUAUUAGCUCUGACGGAAGUGUGUCUGAUGAUGUCAGUACAAGAAUCUCAAAGGCCCGGAUCGCGUUUGCUAAUCUGCAUCACUCGUGGCGUCAAAAAGGCAUCUCAUCAGGUCUUAAGGGUCAUGUGUACCAGGCUCCAGUAGGGGUUGUGUUUUUGUAUGGGUACUUCAAUCCGGGAAAACAUCCAGCACCACCGACGACGAUGGCUCGGUCAUGUACGCAUGCCGAAACACCGUCUACCGAGACGGGUGUUCUUGUACCUCCUGGAUUGCGCAAACCGGGAGGUGGACAGUACAUGACUUGGCAGAAAGGCGUGAAAAAGAUCACGAAGAGUUUGGGUGUUGGUGUUGAUGAAGUCCCCGUGUACCCGCCCGUGCUUGGCUGGAGACGUUGCAAGAAAUGGCGGCUAAUUGAUUUCAGUGACAUACGUGCUGUCAUCUUCCUUCCAGAUAGUCUACUUGGGCGCCACCGUCGUUCGGUGCUUCUCGCUCAUUUAACGACAAUGGGCUUCACAUCGAAACAGCUCGUUCUCAUUUUCGGUAUGCUGAUCACCGGGACAAUCAAUACGGUAUCAAAAAAGCUCCAGUUAGACUGCACCGCAGGCGACUGGGAAACGAUGGACUUCGUCGUCAGCUUUUGGUCGAUCCAACCCGUCCUGGAAUCGCUGAUACCCCGUAUCGGUUUGUUGUUCGUGGACGCGUCAAUUUGGCAAAUGAUGCGCGGCUCAUUAAUCAUUUUCGCUGGAAUUUUGUCGGUAAUCUUUCUGAAGCGGAAAUUAUAUGUUUAUCACUGGUUCGGUAUGCUUUGCACCGUAAUUGGCCUGGCCUUGGUGGGUACAAAGUCCGUUUUCAGUAGUCACUCUCUUAGCCACACCGGUGCACAAUCUGCUAUAGGUAUUGGACUGGUCCUGGCUGGAGCGUUCACGACCGCCUGCCAAAUGAUUGUCGAGGAGGUAUUCCUAAAGAAGCGUGGCUUCCAUCCACUGCAGGCUGUCGGCAUGGAGGGUGUGUUUGGUAGUCUUAUGAUGAUUUGUAUUGCUCUUCCAGCCGUACAUUUUAUUCCUGGGAACGAUCUCAAUGGAUCCUACGAAAACGUACUGGAUGCUCUUUACCAGAUGGUCGAUAGUCCAUUGCUGCUGGUCAACUGCAUUCUCUACAUAUUUUCUAUCGCACUGUUUAACUACUUUGGACUUUCAAUCACUCGAUAUUUAAGUGCUGUCCAUCGUACUCUUAUUGAUGCGCUACGCACCACGUUAGUGUGGUGCAUCAGCCUAGUCCUCUACUACUCAACAUCGGGGCGGUUCGGCGAAUCUUUUGACGUGAGUUGGGGACUAAUCCAAAUCGACGGUUUCGCAUGCCUGAUUAUUGGCACCUUGAUUUACAACAAAGUCAUGGAUGUAUCAUUUAUUUCGUGUUGUGCUGAACCCGAUUCGAUCGGAGAUCCCGAAUUUAACAAAGAUUCGUGCCGCAUUCAUGAUCUUUCUACCCGAGAAAACUACUUACAACAAAACGAGAAAUACACUCAUUUGCAAAUCAAUUUGUUUUUCACGAGAGACUCAACUGAAUCUCUCGUUUAUGAUAUUCUGCAACUGAAAGUGCUGUACACAGGCCGCCUCAUGAUUCAGUUAGCACGAUAUUCGAGAUAUCGCAGUAUAUUUUCAUAA